AAAAAAAAGAAACACCCAUACAUUCUGUUGCUGGAGUGAAGUUUAGGUGCGGGUGUAUUUCUGAACUUACAGCACUGUCCGCUCCAGCAUUGACCACCGGGGUGAUUGUUUCUGCUCUGACAACAUGAAGUCCACAUCUCUGCUGCUGCUGCUCUUCUUGGAGAUGAGCUGUGUGUCUCCCCUGGAAAGCAACAAGCCCAACUUUGUCCUGAUAAUGGUGGAUGACAUGGGAAUUGGAGACCUGGGCUGCUAUGGCAAUAAAACACUGAGGACCCCCAAUAUUGACCAGCUGGCACGGGAAGGCGCGAAGCUCACUCACCACAUCGCCGCAGCCAACCUGUGCACGCCCAGCAGGGCAGCAUUCCUCACCGGACGAUACCCGAUACGAUCAGGUGUAGCUGGUUUUACAAAUCCUGGGGUCUUUAUAUUUAAUGCAGCAUCCGGAGGUCUUCCCAGCCAGGAGAUGACCUUUGCUAAGAUUGCAAAACAACAAGGCUACGAGACGGCUCUAAUAGGAAAAUGGCACCUUGGACUUAGCUGUGAACACAGAGACGAUCACUGCCACCACCCCAGCGUCCAUGGCUUCAACUACUUCUUCGGUAUCCCGCUGACCAACCUGCGGGAAUGCCAGCCAGGACAUGGCGCCGAGAUCAACUUCUUCAGAUAUCUACCCUACAGGACACUGGCCAUUGUAUUGGUCACCGCCGUCGUACUCCACUACUGCAGCAUCCUCACCAUCCCUAGAUGGCUGAUUUGGAGCCUGCUGUCUCUGUCGCUCGUGGUCACGGCUCUGUUGGGAGGAUUCAUGAUGAUCAUCCCGUACAUGAACUGUGUCCUCAUGAGGGACCAUAGAGUUGUGGAGCAGUCAUUCACAUCUGAAAACCUGACACAGACGAUGACUAAAGAGGCCGUGGACUUCAUUGAGAGCAACUCAGCGAAGCCUUUCCUGCUGUUUUUGUCUUUCAUCCAAGUGCACACGGCCAUGUUUGCCUCGGCAGCGUUCAGAGGGACAAGCCAACACGGCAUCUAUGGAGACGCCAUCCAUGAGGUGGACUGGAGUGUAGGUCAGAUGGUGAACGCUCUGGAAAGACUCAAACUGAGAGAAAACACUCUGGUUUACCUGACUUCGGACCAGGGGGCUCAUCUGGAGGAAACCCAACAUGGAUCCAAUGGAAUAUAUAAAGCAGGGAAAGCCACAAAUUGGGAGGGAGGGAUCCGGGUCCCCGGGAUUCUUAGCUGGCCAGGAAAAAUCCCCGGGGGCGUACAGAUAGACGAGCCCACCAGCAACAUGGACCUGUUUCCUACAGUGGUACACCUGAGUGGAGCUUCAGUCCCGGAGGACAGGGAGAUCGAUGGCCAUGACCUCAUGGAUUUGCUCCAGAAGAGAGUUGAAAGGUCGAACCACGAGUUUCUGUUCCAUUACUGCAACGCCUACUUGAAUGCAGUCAGAUGGCACCCCCAAAACAGUAGCUCAGUGUGGAAAGCCUUUUACUUCACACAAAACUUCGACCCGGAGAACGCGACGACGUGUGUCCAGACACAAGUCUGCUUUUGCAUGCCGGGCUACGUGACCUAUCACAGUCCUCCGCUACUCUUCGACCUCUCGAAGGACCCAUCGGAGACCACGCCGCUGACACCUGACACCGAACCAGCCUUCGAGUCCAUUGUGUCUGUGAUGGCGGAGGCCGUGGAGAGGCACCGGAGAUCGGUGAAGCCCGUGGAGAACCAAUUAUCUGUAGGGAACGUGAUAUGGAAGCCCUGGCUGCAGCCAUGCUGCUCCACACUUGGACAGUUAUGUCAGUGCCAGCAUUAGCAGCAUGAGCAGCAGGACCAAUAGGACUUCGCUGUACCUCGAACAGAAGGUCAUUGCAGUCACACUUGCGACCUCUUUCCAUGAAAAAUAUCCUAGAUACAAAACAAGAUAACAUUUAUUUGACAUGUUAUUCAGUAGCAGGUUGGAUUUUUUGAUAUUUUGGGCCUGUCAAUUCAAUUUUAUUUGUAUAUGGUGUGGUGGAAAUCGGAAAAUAAAGAUCGCACAACAGA